ACUGACCACAGAUUCGUCACGUGUUGUUUAGGACGAAGACAAAACAGCAUCAAACGACGACGAUUUUGACCGAUAAUUGGUGCUCUGAAUUGCUGAUUCUGUGAACGCGGAGACUGGAAUCAGCAGAGAACGCAGAGACUGGUAUUGAAGCUCAAGCUUUCGAUUUAUGGCUUCUCUACCACCAUGUAAAUGGUCAUUAAACACAACACCCAAUUGCUUUCUUUCUACAGCUGACAAAUCUCCUCCUUCCUUCUUCUCAUUUCGCUUAUCUUCUUUUAAACGACAUCGUCUCACCACUCUCUCUUUACACGAUUCCUCUUCAUCCUCCUCCUCCUCCUCCUCCUCCUCUUCUUCUUCUUCUUCUUCUUCUUCUUCGUUUUGUAGCUCUAAUUCGGGUACUGCAUUACCAAAAUCAAUAAAUUUGCGUAAUUCGACGUCGAGAAAAUGGAUCGGAUUUGAUAAUGGUGCAAAAAACGAGGUCUCUUCGGUCAAUUCGGUCUUCUGGAAGCGAAAUCCAAAUGGAUCUCAAAAGAAAAAACGGACCUUAAGUUUUAAGGCCUUGUUUGGGAGGAAAUCUUUGUGGCGGAGGAUAGUGUUUACUUCGACGAAAGUUAGGAGCAUCAUUUUGCUCAACGUCAUCACUGUUGUCUAUGCUAGCAACAUUCCAGUUGUCAAAGAAGUUGAAGCAAUAAUAGAUCCAGCAACCUUUACUGUUGUACGAUUUGCUGUAUCUACUAUUCCAUUCAUCCCAUUUGUAUUGCAAGCACGAGGCAAUGUGAAAACCCGUAAUGCAGGGAUUGAGUUGGGUUUCUGGGUUAGUUUAGGAUACCUAAUGCAGGCACUUGGAUUGAUGACAUCGGAUGCUGGGCGUGCAUCAUUUAUAUCUAUGUUCACUGUAAUUGUGGUUCCAUUGCUUGAUGGUAUGUUAGGAGCAGUAGUUCCUGCCCGUACCUGGUUUGGAGCUCUUAUGUCCAUCAUAGGAGUUGCAAUGCUGGAAUCCAGUGGAUCUCCUCCUAGCAUUGGAGAUCUCUUGAACUUCUUAAGUGCGGUGUUUUUUGGUGUCCAUAUGCUUAGAACUGAACAUAUAUCUAGAAGCACAAAUAAAAAGGACUUCUUAUCUCUCCUUGGAUAUCAGGUAUGUGUUGUUGCUCUCUUCUCAACAAUAUGGUAUUUUGUUGGAGGCUGGUCUGGUGGCAUCCACGCUUGUGAUCCAUCAUCCUGGACAUGGACAAUGGUUUGGCAUUGGAUGGUUACUUUUCCAUGGAUGCCUGCACUGUAUACAGGAGUAUUCUCAACUGGAUUAUGCUUAUGGAUUGAGAUGGCUGCCAUGUGUGAUGUAUCGGCGACAGAAACUGCAAUAAUUUAUGGGCUGGAACCAGUGUGGGGUGCUGGUUUUGCGUGGUUUCUCCUUGGUGAAAGGUGGGGUCUUGCUGGUUGGAUUGGGGCUGCUCUUGUGCUUGUGGGAAGCCUGACAGUCCAAAUAUUCGGAUCAUCAUCCCCUGGUGGGUCAAAUGAGGAUGAAGAGAGAAAUAAGAAAGUUGAUCACCAUCUGGUUUCAAAUAAGCAAAAUGGUUUCUCUACCUCUCCAGUUCCAAUCAGUUCCAGAAAGGAUGUAACUAGCGUAUUGAAGAAGUAAGGCAUAUCUCAUCCCUUUCUCCUUAAAUAGAUUAUCAGAUUUUUUUUUUUUUGUUCAAUUUGUAACUAUAUAUUAUACAGCACCAAACAUGGGUCUUAGUUUUGAAAUAUCCUAGAGGCCCAAAGCAAGGACUUCACCAUGUAAUAUCUGCGCUUAAUAUACAACAAAGAAAUAAAAGUCCUCAUCUCUUUUUCAUA